GAUCACGUGACAUAAACAACAUGGCGUCAAGAUUUGAAAAGUUUUGUUGAAAUUUCAAAACUUUUCCCAUUGUUAAAAGCCUUCUUGAGUUAUAAAUGAGUCAGGAUGGUUCACAAGAAGACGCAAUAUAAGCAAGAGUUCAAAAGAGCAGGAAAUGGAAUUGUGUCACAAUUAUAUGAGCACAAUAACAACUAUAGAGAAUAUCGACGCCAAGUCGAACACUGGCAUGAAGGUGACCAUUUUCUGUGGGAUGAUCAUGAUAGUGAGUCAGAAUCAUUGAGUAGUGUCAGUGACAGAAACUUCUCGGCUGGUCCCGAGAAAAUACCUGCACACAUAAUAAAGCAUCGUCAAUUGGUAAAAGAACAUGAGAGAAGAAGGCGUAAGGAACAACAACAUCAAAUACAUAUUGAUGAGGUCCUCCCAGUUCCCCAACAUCAGGAUAGACAAUCCCAGACCCCAGAUUGGAAAAGGAAACAAAGGGCAAAGUCAAAUUACAAUGAAAACAACAACAAUAUUGGUAAAAGUGUCAGAGAUGCAGCUAUCAUGGCUAGUCCAGAUGAUUUCUCUAAGACUAGAACAGUGAGGCCUCGGAAGCCAGUCAAACCCCUGCCAAAGCCAAGGUCCAUGUCUGCACCACUAGGGAGAUCCCCUAAGAAACCUCCUGUUGAGAAACCACCUCCGUUUAUUGCUUAUGGUAUGAAUGGUGCAGAGAGGUCAACUGGAGCGCAGAAGACUCAUAAUGUUAGAGCUUCCCACCAUGUCUACCCAGCAGCUCUUAGAGCACAAAAGCGCAGAGAAAUGGAAGUAGAACGUCAGAAGACUGAGUUAGAUAAUGCUCCAUAUAGGGAAAAGCGAAAGCAAGCUUUGUUCAAUGAGAAGAAAUUAUUCAACGAGAGAAUGCAAAGACAUACCUCGUGUUGGGAUACUGAAUACAGGAAGAGCUUCGCAGGACAUGAUGGUGACUUAAAAUGUCCUGGAUGUCAGAUUGGGAAUCAUAUUCACAUUCACUCUUGGAGCGGACAGUUAUACAAUAUUUACGUAAGAACCACAAUGGCAACGAUGAAAGGCGUGAAACAUUAUGUCGAUGGUUACAAAAAUGCAGUGAAUGAAGACCUCAAAAAGUACGACGCCCUUAAAGAUAUGGAUAUCUUCGUUCUGGACAACUCUAUGCGAGAGAGUACUGUUGGACAACUGAGAGGGCAUUCGAUUGAAAACAAACGCGCCAUCUUGGAAGAAGUAAAGAAAUGUGGUUUCAAACAUACUAUCAUAGCCUCGUUUUCACACAUGACACGAGUAGAUGACGAAUGGAUGAAGAUGCUCAUAGAUGAAGGCGAAGAUCCCGAUUAUCUUUGGGCUUUCUCAGAGGUUACUGAGGGGGCAAAGAAGGAUCGCACUCCUGAAACAGAAAAGGUUCCCAUUGGGCUGAGGAAAAUAAAAGAAGCCGGGGUACGCAAUGUAUUCUUUGAACUGGAUCUUGGUGACUCUACAUACGACUACGAACGUUUUUCCAUGAAGGAAAUGUGUCGACUAACCAAAAAGUGGAUUAACUGGUGUUACGAUAAUCUGCAUCCAAACGCAAAGAUUUUAAUCAACAUUCGGGAUAUAGAAGAAGUGAUGGGGAAGCAUCCUUGGCGAGUAUGUAAGUUUGUUAAAUCCAUUUCAAAGAUGCCCGCUGAAAAACGCCCAUUUGGUCUCGCGUUUGAAGAACCGGGGAAGUCUAUGCCAGAGGAGUGUGGGCAAUGGGCGAGGACCAUUCGUAAGAUCAUGAAUGAUUUCGAUUAUAAGGGACGUCUCCUUGUACACGUGCACGAGAAGUAUGGCUAUUGUGAUGCUACAGCUCUCGAGUGCCUCAUGGGUGGAUGCGAUGGAAUUUGGGCAAGCGUAUGUGGAGAAGGAGCGUCUAUGGGUCAAGCGUCCUCUUGUGUCACUCUUUUGAAUAUGAUUCGUCUGGGCAACAAAAAGGUGUUAAAGCAAUACAACUGUCAGCAUCUACGUAAAGCAGCAAUAGAAGUGACGAAGAUCUCCACAGGGAAACUCCCGCAUGACAAGCAACCCGUAUUUGGUCGGAGAGCUCUUGAUUAUGUCUUUAAUCUGAACAAAGAUGAAUUUCAUCUGGCUGAUUUCUUUGGCGUAGACGCUCCUGUCCGAAUCACAACAAUGUCGUCUGCUGAGAUGAUUCGGACCAGAUUAAUCCGCCUGUUUGGUGAAGAUCCUCAGUUCAAUUUGGAGAUAACUGGUCGCAUGAAAGAAAUUAUCCUUGAAGAUCUUCGAUCAAGCAAGAGAUUAGAGUACAUGAGCAAGUUUGGAUUGGCUGUCUUAUUUGAUCGAGCGGGCGGGUCUCUAACGGAGGCAAUGCGUGACCAGAUAACGACUGGUAACGAGAUAGGACCACAUGUAAAAUACCUUAUUGGGGAAAUCCGUAAAAUUUGGGAUGAAUUGGACAGUCGUGAAGAAGAAGUGGGUGAUGAAAUGCUACAAUUUGAUUCGUUCUACCACGGCUUUCUGGCUCAAUAUUUUUCUUCCUACCGAGCUGAGGAUUCAAGAAAAGUUUUAAAGGCUUUGGAUAUGGAUGCUGACGGAAUGAUCGACUGGAAUGAAUUUCUCGUAUAUCUGAUAUGGGCUGCUAACGAGUACCCUAAAACAGAAACACCAGAAGAAUUACUCGCAAUUGCUUUUACGGAAGGAAUUAUUCCCGCAAGUUUAGAUGAGACCAUCGACGAAUAA